AUGGCUACACCAGAGCCUGCGCCCGCUGACCCGUGGUCGAGCUGGCAGCCUCAGACAGCAUCCGGCGACCAUCAGCCUGCUGAAGUAGACGCCCCGGGUCAUGCUCCAUUACCCGAUCCGCCGCAAGAUGAAGAACAGCAGCUGGGUGGUCCGGCGCCAGACCAAGGUAACGAUUCUCCGGAAUGGCAUGGGAGGGACUGGCGACAGCGAAGCUGGACUGAGCAGGAUGAGAACGCAGACUGGGGAGCUGCCCAUUGGGGUUGGCAGCAGCCCUGGCCACACCACAGCUGGAACAGCAGGUACCCGGAGGACAGCCACACCUGGCAUAGGCACUCCGGCGAUUGGACCGGGACUACCGGGUCCACGCGAGACUCCGACCAUGGCUCGGACACACAGUGGCCAGGCCGCUGGUCAGGCACCGAGGCCCCGCGUACGUCUUCUACCUGGACUCCGGACGGUGCACCUGCGGGAACUUCGAAUGGUGAUGACUGGGAGACCAAGAAGGCGCACAUCUCGGAACGCAUGGCUGUGCCUUCCUUUUCAGCAGAGGCCACCGGCGACGACCUCGGACGCGCCUGGGUGGAGUCCGAAGAGCUCUCCGUCGAGCGCCUCGCUUCAGAACAGGGGGUUACGGUGUUCAGGCAGUGGGUACAAGAACGUUAUCAAGAAGUUGAAAUUUCGAAGGUUGCCGAGGCCCUGACCCACUUCUUCCGCAAGCUUCGCAGGGGCCCGCAGCAGAGCAUCAGGGAGUUCAACUCCUCCUAUGACAGAGCUCACACCCGACUCCUUGAGAUAGAUUGCCGACUACCUGAAGUUGCUCGUGCAUGGGCGUACCUCAACGGACUGGGCCUCUCACAAAGCGAAGAGCUCGGCAUCCUCGCUUCGGUCGGCAAUGAGUACAAUACGACCAGGCUGCAGCGGGCGGCAAUCUUGCACGAGAAGAGCCUCAAGGGACACUGGCAGUACCGCCGGGGACAGACGGGGGACGAGACCCGUCGAGGUGGAAACUACAAGAACGCGAAGGGCGCCUACGUGACGGAGCACAACGAGGACACGGAAGGCGACGAGAACUCGAUUGUGGGCGACGAGUUGCCAGAGGAGGAGGCAGCGGAGUUGCACGCCCGGGGAAUCAACCCCGAUCUCGCGAAGAACGACGGGAAGACCCCGGGCGAGAAGCUUCAGAUCGCGAAGUCCAGAAGCUUCUGCUCAGGGUGCAAGCGCAGAGGACAUUGGCACCGAGAUCCGGAAUGUCCUUUGAAUCAGGGCCGAGGAGGAACCGCCGACCGGCCCGAGAACAAGGACAGCGGCAGUGGAGUCAAAGAGGGCUACGUCGUCCAGAUCGCCUACGAGGUUGGCGACAAUGGGGACCGGGACAGGCUCUACGCCAUCACCGACUGUGCCUGCAGCAAGACCGUCGCCGGACAGCGGUGGAUUCAGGACUACAUCGGCAGUGCGAAGCGAUCUGGAUGGGAACCGCAAUUGAUUCCAUGCGAUGACGAGUUUCGCUUCGGAGCAUCAAAGUUGUUCAAAGCCAACUACACGGCCACUGUCGUCAUCAACGUCGAGGACAAGAGCUUCAUGGUUCGAGCAUCAAUUGUGAGCGGAGACGUACCCCUCCUUCUUUCGCGAGGAGUGCUCGCCCGAUUGGGCAUGAUUUACGACAUCGAGAACCACCGCGCCGAUUUCAAGAAGCUGAACAUCACCAACCACAAAUUGUGUUAUACCGCUAGCGGCCACCCGGCCGUACCGGUCUCACCUGUCCGGCGCAGUGGCCUUGAGUACCCUGAUCCACAAGCGUGGGGGUCCCGUGAGGUGAUCAUCAACAGUGUCAACCUUCAAUGCCUCUCGCUGCCUUGUGGGUCGGAAGAACAGUUUUUGCAAAAGCAGCCCUCGGCCGUCCCCGCGAAUCCUCGACUCAUGUCCAAGGCGGCCAACAACAAGUCUCCAUGGCAGAUGACGAAGGCCGAGUUGAUCCAGUGCGCCACCGACAUGGGAGUGACUGUACACUCGACCUGGACAGCGCCCGAAAUCAGAUCGAUCAUUCAAGAACGGCGCCAGAAGAACAACACCUCUACGAUCCCGAAAGGACUGUCAAGUAUGACCUUGGUAGAGCUGCAGGAAAAGGCCGGGGAGCUCAACGUGAAGAUCAACUCCCGCAUGGGCAAAGGCGAGAUCAUGAGGGCCAUCAGGGACUUCACGCGGGCCCCCGACGAGGAAGUCGUGAGCUUCGGGAGGUUCCGGAACUACAUGUACAAGGAAGUCCCGGAAAGCUACCUGCAGUGGUCUAUCCGAGAGACGACAGCCAACAGCGGUGCGAGCGACGACUUGAAGAGGCUUGCAGCAUGGGCAUCGACGAGGGAGACCCCGACUAUCGAGGACCCAGAGGACCACGCGAAGAUCCCCUACUCCCCGGAGGCCGAGACGAGCUCAGUGGGAGGAUCGCUGUCGAGCUGGUCGGUGGCAGACCAACGCCCACUGCCUCCGAGUGGCUAUGCAAAGGCAAAGGCCAAGGCGCCGGGACAAGGGACCAAGAAGCCACGGGAGGAGACGGGCACACCAGCACCCAUGCAGCAGGACCUGCCACCGGAGAUCGCAGAGGAGCUCCGGGCCGAGAACCGGGAGCAGUCGGACUACAACUAUGAGCCGACUGCCAGAAUGAGCCCUGGCUGUGAGGAUACAGGUGGGCGUGAUGAUUGCCAUUUUGGCCCAUUUUUGCCGAGCUCAGGAGGCCUGAGCCCAAUCUCUGGUCGUCCGGAUGACGAGGAGAUUUUCUAUGACUGUGAGCCCGAGACUGCAUGGGAAAGCACUGUGUUUGAGGCCGGCGAGUUCCUCGAAUGCUAUGAGACGCAGCUCCCCGACGUCAAGGCCCUGGAGAAACGUGCCAAAGAACUCCGCCAAGCUAAGGACUACAGCCCAGGAGUUUGUGAAUGGUUCAUCAAGAAGCUUUGUGAGCUGGCUGGAAAUGUUCCCCGCCGGUCGUGCCAAACAAGGGGAAAGCUACUCGUCCUUGGUGGCUACGUCCAUGGAGGUAUCACCGGGGUGACUGCCAAGAGCCACGCUUUCAAGGAAGCGGCGCGCUAUCUCAACAACUAUAUCAAGCACCACCUACCCGGACGAGGAAGGUGGACUAGCCUCUGCAUCAACGUUGGCAACAUGGCCGGACCCCACCGGGAUUCCAACAACUACCACCGGAGCUUCAACUACACGACCUCUUUCGGGCAGAAGUCAGGAGGGCGAGUAUGGAUCGAACGCGGAAAAGAAGAAGGCCUAGAAGGAGAACCGCAUGCACUACAUCUGGAUCACAAGGAAGCGAUCCCUGGGAUCUUCGUCAACACCAACGAAAGAGUUGUCAAGUUCCACCCCCAUCGGAGGCACUUCGUUGAGGCAUGGACCGGAGAGCGGGCAUCUUUGACGGCCUAUGCCAUUCGGAGCACCGGGAGCUUGACCCGGGAGGAGCGAGAUUUCCUGCGAAGCCUCGGUUUCCCAGUCACCGACGACCUCGACGAGGACCGUGGCAACAUCGCCUACGUGAGCGACCGCGACCAGGCCAACUACCCCGACAAGCACGUCCAGGAGGAGGUCACCAAGCGACCAAGAAAGAGCACGAGGAAAAAGCUGUGGAAAAGUGCCGCAGCGGCCGGGAGUCUCUUCGCGCUCACCUUGAACGCUGCCACCACUUAUGCGUGCGAUCUCUACCCGAAGCCUACUACCGGAGUGGCACUACAGGAGAUCGGCGGCGAAGAGGAGACCUACAAGGCCGCCGAGUUGGGGCACGACGUCGCCGAGCCGUUCAGCAACGACGUUUGGUACAGCGAGCGGACCUACAAGGAGUUCAGCGAGAACCUGCAAAGCCUCGCCCCGCGAGUCCUGUGGAUCCAUGUAGAAGACCACCCAGUCUUGAAGGACCGGAUCAAGGACGCAACCAACGCCCAGCUGGACCGAGGAGGAACAGUCGUAUAUGAAGCGUCCGAAGGAUCCUCAUUGUGGCGAGAUAGUGACCUGCUGAAGAUCCAAGCCGACAAUUACUACAAGUUCGAAGUAAUCGACGACGCCAGCUACCUGUGGGUGAAACAAAGUCCGUUCUAUGAUCCGCCCCCGAUUCAGGAGGUCUACACCGCAGAGGCCAGGAGCUCAGAAGAACCACCCGCAGUUGGAGCAAGUGCUAUCUCCUUCGACAAAGUCGUUGCUCCUCAUGUACAAGCCGCUCUAACACGACUUCACCAGAACCUCGGGCACCCCGCGGUCACCGACCUGACUAGGCACUUGCGAUUGGCAGGUGCUAGUGAAGACAUCAUCAAAAUCGCCAAAGGAAUGCGCUGCCAGGUCUGCGCCAGGAACAAGAGAGCCUCUGCACCGCGUCCGGCUUCACUCCCAUCAUUCCUCGACUUUAACCAACUGGUCAGCGUCGACGUCUUCCACGUGUUUGACAUCAACCGGAAGCGCCACGAGAUGAUCUCCGUCGUGGAUCACGGCACUACCUUCCACCUGGUGAAGCGACUAGAAGGGCAUUCCGCUAAAAGCUUCGAGCACGCCUUUGUCGAUGUCUGGGCAAAUACCUUUGGAGCUCCGGGGUGCAUUGCCGCAGACCUGGAAACCGGCCUCCAAGCCGGAUUGGCAAAGUACUGCGAGUUUGCGGGUGUAAAGUUACGUGCUGCAGCGGGCCAAGCACACUGGCAGCAGGGGACUGUUGAACGGCACGGACAGUGGCACCAGGACAUCCUCCAGAAGAUCAUCGACGAGCAGUCCGUCGGGGAGAAUGACGUCGAUCUGGCUGUCACCGCGGCCAACCAGGCGAAAAACGAACUCCGCAGAAGACACGGAUACUCACCGUGCCAGGCUGUGUUCGGAAAAGAUCCUCGGCACCCCGAGGACCUCAUGGAUGGGAACGAUGAAGAGCGAGCGCUGGAGAUGAUGACUGCCGAUCGCAAAAGGCAGAGAGAGGUGGCGCUCCGGACAGCGGCUCGCACCGCUUUCUUCCGCUCACAAGUAGAUGUGAAGCUGAGAAAAGGACUCAUUCAGAGAGCCCGCGUCAAGAAGGGGUCCUACGCCAUUGGAGAAAUGGUCUGCUUCUACCGCCUCGGCAAGUCCGGGACGACCAACAAAAGGGGCCAGUGGAAGGGACCUGGCCUCAUCCUCGGCAACGACGGCGGGAACUGGUGGAUAAGCUACGCGGGACGGUGUCAUUUGGUGGCGGAAGAACACAUGCGACCGAGCACAGCCGAAGAGCUUGGCAGCUUGUUCUCUUCCCAGAUCACUCGAAAAGACCUGGAAACACUACUGUUUGCAGAUCCCGACGAUCCGAACAACUACGCCACCGAGGAGGAGGAAGGCGACUGCGACAUGGGAGCCGACAACCGCGAUGACCAGGACGAGCCACCGUUCGAGCACGACCUUGCGAACGACGACGCCAUGGAGGAACCAGAGGCUGCUCCCCCGCAGGCCAGUUACGGCCCUGAAGGGCGUCGUCGGAGACGAAAAAGCCGACCACCAGGAAGCGAACCCUAUGAGGCUCUCAUGAUGAAGACCGCCACCACCGAAAGAUCUCGCGAGAAACAACGCGAGAAGGAACUCCCGUGGCGACUCAUUCCCCCCGAGCAGCACCAGGCCUUCAAAGAAGCAGAGGCCAAGCAGAUCAAGGAGCACCUGGACCACGCCGCCCUGAGCAUCCUGUCUCGCGAGGAGACGAUUGCCGUCCUCAAGAUCACGCCCCCAGAGCGCAUCUUGAAUUCCAGAUGGGCAUACAAAGACAAAAACUACGCCAAGCGCAGAGAAAAUGAUAGUCUUCCCUGGAAAGCAAAGGCCCGUCUCAUCAUCGGAGGACACAAAGAUCCCGACGUGGCCUCCCUCGUGACAGAUGCUCCAACCGUCAAUCGCCUAUCCGUCCUCGUACUUAUGCAAAUCCUCUCCUCACACCUCGACGACCCGGAGCCGUGGUGUGCGAGUGCUGGGGACGUGAAUGCAGCGUUCUUGAACGGACCGCCGCUCCAGCGAACAUUGUUCAUGAGACAGCCAAGGACCGGGAUACCGGGUAUGGAGAAAGACGCCCUCUUCAAGGUCGAAAAAGGAAUAUUUGGGUUGCCAGACUCUCCGCGAGGAUGGUGGGAUGAAGUACAGCGGAUCAUUGACGAGAUCGAGAUGAACCACGACAACGAGACCUACUACCUCGUGGCUUGCGCCUUGGACCCGUGCGUCUACUACCUCGUCCCAGAACAGGACCGACGCGGCACCCCGCGAGCAUACCUAUGCAUCCAUGUCGACGACUUGUUGGUCGUCGGGCCAAGAAAGUUGGCCGUGAAGCUGCGGGAGACCCUCAGCCUACAUCUCCCCAUCGAAGAAUGGGAAGAGAACAGCUUCGACUACAUUGGGUCACAUUUCGAGGUGAAGGAGGACUGCGUCGAGGUGACACAGACAGCCUACGCUGCCACCCGACUUUUUACGGUCGAUGUGGACAAGGCGCAGCGUGACCCUGAAGGAGCCACCACUGAACAGAAGACGGACAACCAGAGCUUGAUUGGCGGACUCUCGUGGCUGGCCGUGCAAUCCCGCCCAGAUCUUCAGGUGUCAGUCUCCAUUGCCCAGCAGAUGCAGAAGGACCCUUCCGUCGAAGAUGUGAGAUUCACAAACUCGACAUCUCGAAAGGCUGUGAGCUUCAAGGACAACGGGCUAAAGUUCACCAAGAUCGACCUCAGCGACCCCGUGCUCAUGGUGUUCCACGACUCCUCGUGGGCCAAUGUUGUUCCCCUGGAAGGGGAAGAUGGGUUCCGUCUAAGCAUCGAGGACCACGAGAAAGGGUUCAUGACAGAGGUGCCCAGUGACUUCCAGGUCCGCAAAGCAAAGAGGGCCAGCACAAAAGUGGCCAGCCAGUACGGGAUUCUCAUCCUGGCGACCGACCAGGAGAAGCUACGAGAAGGAGGACUAUGCAAUAUCCUCGACUGGAAGUCUUCAACGGCAAAGCGCGUUUGCCGGUCCACCUUCGCUGCCGAGUCUAUUGCAUGUUCUGAAGGGCUGGAACAAGGGCAGUACGUCAGGUCAGUUUUCAUGACAAUUCUCAGAGGAGAACUACAAAAGGUCGAAGACCUCGAAGGAAAGCACUUGAGGUGCUUUACAGACUGCCGGUCACUGUACGACCACCUUCACCGUGUUGGUGUCCCUAGGACUCCAACCGAUAAACGGCUCGCCAUAGACCUUGCCGCAAUUCGGCAAAUCCUUCACCGGGAGAGGUAUGCCGGCAAGCUUCCCCUCGAUUGGAUUCCCACCUCGUAUCAGCUAGCCGACAUACUUACCAAGCCUAUGUGUCCCAAGACGUGGUGGAAUCAAGCGAGCGUCGCUGCCGACCGGAUCAAGGCACAUGGGUAG